AUAUGUAAAGACAGUGUGGCCUCAUCGACAACUCAUUACCACCACUCACAUUCUUAGAUCAUACAACACAGUGAAAAUGGAUUUCUUUUCAUAGGUGAAGAGUAGAAGAGUAGAGGAAGAACAUUGUGUAGGGCUUUCGUGGGUGUGUCGUAAUUGUCUGUUUUUAAAAAAUUUGUAAGAAAAAAGAAAUGGAGCGUGCAAGAAAAUUAGCGAACAGGGCUAUCCUCAAACGCCUGCUUUCAUCGUCGAAGCAGCAGCCAUUGUAUAAAUCAUCAUCGAGGUGCCUUUCCUCGUUAUCCCCGAGCGUGGUCCAAUGUGGCAGCAAUGUUGUUUCUAAGGUACACAGCUUUAAUUCAAGAAAUCCAGUACAGUUUGUGGGCACUCGAUCCAUUUCUGUCGAGGCCUUGAAACCGAGUGACACUUUUCCCCGCCGCCAUAACUCGGCCACGCCGGAGGAGCAAGCCAAGAUGGCCGAGUUUGUGGGGUACAAUAGUCUUGAUGCAUUGAUUGAUGCAACUGUGCCUAAAUCUAUUCGUAUUGAUAAGAUGGAGUUUCCUAUAUUUGAUGAGGGGUUGACAGAGGCACAGAUGAUUCAGCACAUGCAAGAUUUAGCGUCCAAGAAUAAGGUUUUCAAGUCAUAUAUUGGAAUGGGAUACUAUAAUACAUUUGUCCCACCUGUUAUCUUGAGGAAUAUAAUGGAAAAUCCGGGGUGGUACACUCAGUACACCCCUUAUCAGGCUGAGAUUUCACAAGGGAGGCUUGAAUCCUUGUUGAAUUUUCAGACCUUGAUCACUGAUCUUACUGGUUUGCCCAUGUCAAAUGCAUCGUUGCUCGAUGAAGGGACUGCGGCCGCAGAGGCUAUGGCCAUGUGUAACAAUAUUCUGAAGGGGAAGAAAAAGACUUUUGUGAUUGCCAGCAAUUGUCAUCCGCAGACCAUUGAUAUUUGUCAGACUAGAGCUGAUGGAUUUGAUCUUAAGGUUGUUGUUUCGGAUAUUAAGGAUAUUGAUUAUAAGUCGGGGGACGUUUGUGGUGUGCUGGUUCAGUAUCCAGGGACUGAGGGUGAGAUUUUGGACUAUGGGGAGUUUAUUAAGAAUGCCCAUGCUAACGGGGUGAAGGUGGUGAUGGCCUCUGAUUUGUUGGCUUUGACAAUGUUGAAGCCGCCGGGUGAGUUGGGUGCCGAUAUUGUGGUUGGCUCGGCUCAGAGAUUCGGUGUUCCAAUGGGGUAUGGAGGUCCCCAUGCUGCUUUCUUGGCUACGUCCCAAGAAUAUAAGAGGAUGAUGCCUGGAAGGAUUAUUGGUGUCAGUGUUGAUUCGUCGGGAAAGCCUGCUCUACGUAUGGCGAUGCAGACAAGGGAGCAGCAUAUUCGUCGGGACAAGGCCACUAGCAACAUUUGCACAGCUCAGGCAUUGCUUGCCAACAUGGCUGCCAUGUUUGCUGUUUAUCAUGGACCAGAAGGCCUAAAAACUAUUGCCCAAAGGGUUCAUGGUUUGGCCGGCACAUUUGCAGCCGGAUUGAAAAAGCUCGGGACUGUAGAAGUCCAGGGUCUUCCUUUCUUUGACACCGUGAAGGUCAAAUGUGGAGACGUGAAGGCCAUUGCUGAUGCUGCUUACAAGAAUGGAAUAAAUUUGCGCAUAGUUGAUAAUAAUACUAUAACUGUUUCUUUCGAUGAAACAACCACAUUAGAAGACGUGGACAAGCUGUUUGAAGUCUUUGCAGGUGGCAAGCCUGUUACGUUCACUGCUUCAUCUCUUGCACCAGAGGUUGAAAAUUUAAUUCCUGCAGGACUUGUGAGGGAGAGCCCAUUUUUGACUCACUCGAUAUUCAACUCGUACCACACAGAACACGAGCUUCUUAGGUACAUUCAGAAGCUUCAGUCAAAGGAUCUCUCAUUGUGCCACAGCAUGAUUCCCUUGGGAUCUUGUACAAUGAAAUUGAAUGCAACGACAGAAAUGAUGCCGGUAACUUGGCCUGCAUUUGCAGAUCUUCAUCCUUUUGCCCCCACCGAACAGGCUGCUGGUUUCCAGGAAAUGUUCAAGAAUUUGGGUGAUCUGUUGUGUACGGUCACUGGUUUUGAUUCUUUCUCUCUACAACCUAAUGCUGGUGCUGCUGGAGAAUAUGCAGGGCUGAUGGUUAUUCGAGCAUAUCACAUGUCUAGAGGCGACCACCACCGCAACGUGUGCAUCAUUCCGGUCUCAGCGCAUGGAACAAACCCUGCAAGUGCCGCAAUGUGUGGAAUGAAAAUUGUGGCAGUCGGAACAGAUUCCAAGGGGAACAUUAACAUUGAAGAGUUACGCAAGGCUGCAGAAGCAAAUAAGGAGAACUUAGCUGCUCUUAUGGUUACAUAUCCAUCAACUCAUGGAGUUUAUGAGGAAGGCAUUGAUGAGAUCUGCAAAAUAAUUCAUGACAAUGGCGGACAGGUUUACAUGGAUGGAGCCAACAUGAAUGCUCAGGUUGGUCUAACUAGCCCAGGCUUUAUUGGUGCUGAUGUUUGCCAUCUCAAUCUCCAUAAAACGUUCUGCAUUCCUCAUGGUGGAGGCGGGCCUGGCAUGGGACCUAUCGGGGUGAAGAAACACCUAGCACCUUUUCUGCCAUCUCAUCCUGUGGUGCCAACAGGAGGCAUACCAGCACCUGAUCAGUCUCAGCCACUCGGCACUAUUUCUGCUGCACCAUGGGGCUCAGCACUCAUUUUGCCGAUAUCAUACACUUACAUCGCCAUGAUGGGGUCGAAGGGAUUGACUGAUGCUUCUAAGAUAGCUAUAUUGAAUGCAAACUACAUGGCCAAGCGUUUGGAGAAGCAUUACCCUGUUCUUUUCCGUGGUGUCAAUGGGACGGUUGCCCAUGAGUUCAUUAUAGAUUUGAGAGGCUUUAAGAAUACUGCUGGAAUCGAGCCCGAGGAUGUUGCUAAACGUCUCAUGGACUAUGGAUUUCACGGGCCGACCAUGUCUUGGCCAGUUCCCGGUACACUCAUGAUUGAACCCACUGAAAGUGAAAGCAAGGCCGAGCUAGACAGGUACUGUGAUGCUCUUAUCUCUAUUAGAGAAGAAAUUGCGAUGAUCGAGAAAGGAAAAGCCGACAUUCAUAACAAUGUUCUCAAGAGUGCUCCUCAUCCACCCUCGCUGCUUAUGGCUGAUGUCUGGUCGAAACCAUAUUCCCGGGAAUAUGCAGCCUACCCUGCUCCAUGGCUCAAGACUGCCAAGUUCUGGCCGACCACAGGACGCGUUGACAAUGUGUAUGGCGAUCGGAACCUCAUCUGCACUCUCCUCCCGGUGUCGCAGAUGGCCGAACCGCCACUGCUUGAGAUGCAAGGCUUGUACACAUGUUUGAUGCCACCACAUUUGCAUCUUCUUGUUGUACAUAAACAUAGUUUAUGUUCAAGUGCUUAUGUUAUACAUGUUUACUCUUAAUUGUCUUCUUUCACCGUUGAACAAUCAGUAAUAAUGACCAUUGUUGCUGGUUGCAACUAUCUCAUAAUGUAAUUAUCGCUUCUUUUAUUA